UAUUUACAUUUUAAAUAUGAAAACUUAGCACAAAUUCCGUCCAUAAAUCUGGUGGACGGCCGCAAAAUUCCGAUUAUAGGGUUGGGAACGGCAGGUAUAACGGAACAGGAGAUCAUGGAUCGUAUUCUCAACGAUGCCAUCGAUAUUGGUUACCGACAUAUAGACACGGCUUAUGUCUAUCAAAAUGAAGAACUUAUUGGAAAAUCUUUGCGACCAAUGUUUGAGUCAAAUAAGACUAAACGGGAGGAACUGUUCAUCACAAGCAAAGUGUGGAACACGUAUCACAAGAGGUCACAAGUGGUUGAGGCCAUGAAGUUAUCUUUAAAUACAUUAGGCAUUGAGUACUUGGAUCUGGCAUUAGUUCACUGGCCAAUGGCUUUCAGAGGAGGCACUGGUUUACUGCGACAGUUGGAUGAAAAUAAUAAGACACUAAAUAUUGACAUAAGUAUUAUCGAGACGUGGAAAGGGAUGGAGGAUGCCUACAAACUAGGUCUGGCUAAAAGUAUCGGGGUUUCAAAUUUUAAUUCCCAACAAUUGGGUCGAGUAUUAAAGGAGUCAUUUAUAAAACCGACGGUCAAUCAGAUUGAAUUAAAUCCAUAUUUAACACAAGAAAAAUUGGUUGAAUUCUGCAAAAAUAAUAGCAUUGAAGUGGUCGCCUACUGUCCCAUUGGAAGGGCUGAUAAAGAAAUACUGAAUGAUCCGAUUCUAACAGAAAUCGCUGCAAACAAUAACAAGACUGUCCCUCAAGUGAUGCUCCCACAAAUUCCAUCCAUAAAUCUGGUGGACGGCCGCAAAAUCCCAAUUAUAGGGUUGGGUACCUAUGCUCUGACCGAUCAGCAAGAAGUCAUGGACCGUGUUAUUAACGAUGCCUUUGAUAUUGGUUACAGACAUAUAGAUACGGCUUAUGUCUAUGAAAAUGAAGAGCUUAUCGGAAGAACUUUGAAAAAGAUGUUUGAGUCCAAUAAGACUAAACGGGAGGACCUGUUCAUCACAAGCAAAGUGUGGAACACAUAUCACAAAAGGUCACAAGUGGUUGAGGCCAUGAAGUUGUCGUUGAAUAUGUUGGGCAUCGAGUACUUGGAUCUGGCAUUAGUUCACUGGCCGGUGGCCUGGAGAAGUGGCACCGGAUCUCUCAGACCUUUGGAUCAGAAUAAUAAGACACAAAAUGUUGACAUAAGUGUUGUCGAGACGUGGAAAGGGAUGGAAGACGCCUAUAAACUAGGUCUGACCAAAAGUAUCGGGGUUUCAAACUUUAAUUCCGAGCAAUUGGGUCGCGUGUUAAAGGAAUCAUUUAUUAAACCGGCUGUCAAUCAGGUCGAAUUGAAUCCAUAUUUAUCACAAGAAAAAUUGGUUGAAUUCUGCAAAAAUAACAGCAUAGAAGUGGUGGCCUAUAGUCCCAUAGGAAGGGCUGAUAAAGAAAUACUAAACGAACCGAUCCUAACAGAAAUCGCUGCAAACAAUAACAAGACUGUCCCUCAAGUGAUGCUCCUACCAAACAUUGAGUUGGUGGAUGGGAACCGAAUGCCCCAAAUAGGAAUGGGAACUUUUCAGAUGCAAGACCUCCCGGUGCUCGACCAGAGAAUCAAAGAUGCUAUUGAUGUCGGUUACCGACACUUUGAUACGGCCUUUGUCUACCUGAAUGAACGAAUAAUCGGUCGGGCAUUGAGUGAUAUAUUUGCACAAAAUAAGACCAAAAGGUCGGACCUAUUCAUCACGAGUAAAGUCUGGAGUACUUUCCAUAAAAGACAUAGUGUUAUGAAUGCCGUCAAACUAUCGCUCAAUAAUUUAGGAUUAGAUUAUUUAGAUUUACUUUUGGUUCACUGGCCUAUGGCUUACAAAGAGGGCACCGGUAUUCUAAGACCCAACUAUACAUUGGAUGCAACCACUGAUACGGACACCAGUGUUGUGGAGACCUGGAGGGGAAUGGAGGACGUCUACAAAAUGGGAUUAACCCGAAGUAUCGGUCUCUCAAACUUUAAUUCAGAACAAAUUGAUCGCAUUUUAAGGGAAACCCAAUUCAAACCAGCGGUUAACCAGAUAGAAGUGAAUCCUAAUCUAUCGCAGGAAAAACUGGUGAACUUUUGUAAGGCUAGGAAUAUAGCGAUCACAGCUUACAGUCCGUUGGGACGGGCAGACGCCGGUCUCCUCAAUAAUACGGUUCUCAAUGAAAUAGCUGUCAAUCAUAAUAAGUCUGUCGCACAAGUGAUGCUCCGAUGGCUCGUACAGAGAGAUAUCAUUAUUAUACCGAAAACAACGAAACAGGAAAGACUUAUUGAGAACUUCAAUGUAUUUGACUUUCAACUGACGGAUGAAGAGAUGAAAAAGAUAUUUGCUUUGAAUCUGAAUAAAAGAAUAUUCACGAAACCAGAGUCGGCUAACAAUCAGCAAAAGGUGCCAUCACUGCAGUUGACAAAUGGGGUACUUAUGCCCCAAAUAGGGUUGGGUACGUAUAAGAUACAGGACGAGGAGACCGCCAAACGUAUUGUAGAGGAGGCCAUAGAAGUGGGUUAUCGACACAUAGACACCGCAUAUCACUAUCAAAAUGAGAGAUUUAUUGGACAGAAGCUGAAGGAACUGUUCGACAAGAAUGUCAUCAAAAGGGAUGACCUCUUCGUGACGACCAAAGUGUGGAAUACAUUCCACAGGAAGUCGUCUGUGAUUCGUGGUAUCAAUGAGUCGUUGACAGCACUGGGACUCAAACAAUUGGAUUUAGCACUCAUUCACUUCCCGAUGGCAUUCAGGGAAGACACCGGAGAGUACAUCCCAGUGGACAGGAAUGGACUCACUCUGGACCUGGACGUCGAUAUCUAUGAGACUUGGCAAGGAAUGGAGGAUGCCUAUCACGCCAAACUGACCAGGGCUAUCGGUGUGUCCAACUUUAAUAUCUCACAAUUGAGACAUAUUAUCAAGAAUGGUUUUGUGAAACCUCAAGUCAAUCAGGUUGAGAUCCACCCCUACCUAACACAAGAAGCGUUAGUCAACUAUUGUCAUGAGAAUAAUAUAGUGGUCGUGGCCUACAGUCCCAUCGCUAAAGCAAACCAAACACUGUUUAAUGAGCCGGUGCUCAAAGCCAUGGCCACGAAACACGGAAAGACUGUCCCUCAGGUGAUAAUGCGAUGGUUAGUGCAGAGGAAUAUCAUUGUCAUCCCGAAGACCACCAAAAAGGAGAGACUGAUUGAAAACUUUAAUAUUUUUGAUUUUCAAUUGAGUGACGAAGAGAUGAGAACCAUAUUUGCAUUGAAUAAGAAUUAUAGGAUAACUAAGUUUGAAAACGCAAGGAAUAACCCCAACUAUCCUUUUGAACCACCAUUUGCUUCACAAUAAGAGUCAAGAAUAUCAGUAUUAAACCAUUGAAUGGUGUCUGAUGUGUAUAACUUAGU